AUGGCAGCACUACAAGCUGGCCUCUUCUGCCUCAAGUUCCAUCCCGGCCCCGGAGACUCCUUGGUGACCGCCGAGGGCUUGGCGCGGGUGGGGGACUGCGAGGUCCGGACCCGGCGCGAGAAGGCGCCGAUGGUGUCAUUUGAGGACGUGGCUGUGAGCUUCACCUGGGAGGAGUGGAAGCACCUGGACGAUGCCCAGAGGACCCUGUACCGGGAUGUGAUGCUGGAGACCUAUAGAAGCCUGGUGUCCGUGGGUGAGCAACCUUAUGAAUGCUGGAAGACCUAUGAGAAUUCAACCCACCAUAAAAACCAGAGGACUGUUACAGGGCAAAAACUUUAUGAGUGUAAAGAGUGUAUGAAAACAUUCUCCUGGAAGCCAGCCCUUAAGAGACAUCUGAGAAUCCACGUAUGUGUGAAACCCUAUGAAUAUAAACAAUGUCAGAAGUUUGUCCAGCAGAAAUCACAUUUCACUACACACAAGAAGACUCACACUGGAGAGAAACCAUAUCAGUGUAAGGAAUGUGGGAAAACCUUCUUGUGUCAGUCAGUCCUGAAGAUACACCAGGGAACUCACGUUGGAAAGAAAUCCUAUGAAUGUAAACAAUAUGGGAAAACCCCUUAUGGCAGUCAAACCUCAAUAGACAUCAGAGCACUCACUCACACUAGAGAGAAACCCUAUGAAUGUAAAGAAUGUGGGAAAACUUGUAUGAACAAAGCAUAUCUAAGGGAACAUCAAAACAGUCACACAGAAGUGAAACCCUAUGAAUGUAGAGAAUGUAGUAAAUCUUUCUUCUCCCAGUCAGCUCUCAGGAGGCACCAGAGAAUUCACACUGGGGAGAAACCCUAUGAAUGUAAAGAAUGUAGGAAAACUUUUUUGUGGCAGUCAGGUCUCAAGAGACACCAGAGGACUCACACUGGAGAGAAGCCCUAUCAGUGCAACGAAUGUGGGAAAUCCUUCUUGUCACCCUCAGCCCUCAGGAGACACCAGAGUACUCACACUGGAAAGAAACAGUAUGAAUGUAUAGAAUGUGGGAAAACUUACUUUUUCCAGUCAUCCCUCAAGAGUCACCAGAAAAUACACACUGAAGGAAAAUCCUAUGAAUGUAAAAUUUGUAGAAAAACCUUCUUGUGGCAGUCAUAUCUCAAGAUACAUCACAGAAUUCACACAGGAGAGAAACUCCAUGAAUGUAAAGAAUGUAGAAAAACUUUCUUAAAGCAGUCAGCCCUCAAGAGACACCAGAGCACUCACAGUGGAGAGGACGUCUAUGAAUGUAAAGACUGUAGGAAAACCUUCUCCUGUCAGUUAGAUCUCAAGAGACACCAGAGUACUCACACUGGAGAGAAACCCUAUGAAUGUAAAGACUGUGGGAAAAAUUUCUCAUGGCAGUCAUACCUCAAGAGACACCAAAGCACUCACACUAGAGACAAAACCUAUCAGUGUAAAGAAUGUGAGAGAACCUUCUUGUCACCCUCAGCCCUUAAAAGACACCAGAGCACUCACUCUGGAGACCGACCCUAUGAAUGUAAACAAUGCAAGAAAGCUUUCUUGUGGCAGUCGGACCUCAAGAGACACCAGAGCAUGCACACUGGAAAGAAACCAUGA